AUGCUGGGGAAAAUCGCCCUCGAAGAAGCCUUCGCGCUGCCCCGCUUCCAGGAGAAGACUCGCUGGUGGGCCGGCAUGUUCGCCACAGAUGUCGACAAGCACGUUGCCGAGAUCAACGACGUCGACUCGAUCCGCCUGAACUUCGCCGAGAAGCACGGUGUCGGCCUGCAGAUCCUCUCGUACACGGCGCCCGGUGUGCAGGAUAUCUGGGACCCCAAGGAUGCACAGGCGCUCGCCGUCGAAAUUAAUGACUAUAUCGCGGAGCGGGUGAAGGCGCACCCGGAUCGUUUUGCGGCGUUUGCUACGCUAUCCAUGCACGACCCCAAUGAAGCCGCCGCAGAACUCCGGCGCUGCGUCACACAGCAUGGCUUCUUAGGCGCGCUCGUCAAUGACACACAGCGCGCCGGCCCCGACGGCGAUGACAUGAUCUUCUACGACAACGCCAAGUGGGACGUCUUCUGGGCGACGUGCACCGAGCUCGACGUCCCGCUGUACCUGCACCCACGCAACCCCACCGGCACCAUCUACGAGAAGCUCUGGGCCGACCGCAAGUGGCUGGUCGGCCCGCCGCUGUCAUUCGCGCACGGUGUAUCCCUCCACACGCUGGGCAUGGUGACGAACGGCGUGUUCGACCGCCACCCCAAGCUGCAGGUCAUCCUGGGCCAUCUGGGCGAGCAUAUCCCCUUCGACAUGUGGCGGAUUAACCACUGGUUUGAGGAUAGGAAGAAGCUGCUUGGUUUGCAGGAGACGUGCAAAAAGACGAUUCGGCAAUACUUUGCGGAGAACAUUUGGAUUACGACGUCGGGGCAUUUUUCGACGACAACGCUGAACUUUUGUAUGGCGGAGGUGGGAUCGGAUCGGAUCUUGUUUAGUAUUGAUUAUCCAUUUGAGACCUUCGAGGAUGCGUGUGACUGGUUUGAUCGGGCGGAGAUGUCGGAUACGGACCGCUUAAAGAUUGGGAGGGAGAACGCGAAGAAGCUGUUCAAGUUGGGGGCGUAUAAGGAUAGUACUGCGUGA